GGCCGCCUCCCGCGGGGCACUAGCUCUUGGGGAUGGAGGAGACCCGUAGCAGUAGAUCAGGCUCCGGAACGAAGGGGCGGCGGCGGCAGCAGGAUUCUCAAGAGCCAUGUUGUCCAAAGUCCUACUGGUGUCUUCUCCAGGGAAAGUCAUCCUUCAUGGAGAACAUGCUGUGGUCCAUGGCAAGGUAGCACUGGCAGUGGCCUUGAACUUGAGAACAUUCCUCCGGCUUCAACCCCAAAGCAAUGGGAAAGUAAGCCUCAACUUACCAAACAUCGGGGUCACACAAGCCUGGGAUGUGGCCAGGCUUCAGCUGUUGGACACAAGCUUCAUGGAGCAAGGUGACGUCACGGUGCCCGUCGCAGAGCAAGUGGAGAAGCUGAAGGAGGUGGCAGACUUCCCUGAGAACUGGGCCGCCACCGAGCGCCUGGCGGUGCUGGCCUUCCUGUACCUGUACCUGGCCAUCUGUCGGAGGCAGAGGGCCCUGCCAAGCCUGGACAUCACGGUGUGGUCGGAGCUGCCCCCCGGGGCCGGCCUGGGCUCCAGCGCCGCGUACUCUGUGUGUCUGGCUGCCGCCCUGCUGACCGCAUGUGAGGACAUCCCCAACCCGCUGGAGGACAGCGCGCACACCAGCAGGUGGUCCGAGGAGGACCUGCAGCUCAUCAACAAGUGGGCCUUCCAGGGGGAGAGGGUGAUCCACGGGAACCCCUCGGGAGUGGACAACGCCGUCAGCACGUGGGGGGGAGCCCUCCGCUACCAGCAGGGGAAGAUCUCGUCCUUGGACAGGACCCCAGCUCUCCAGAUCCUGCUCACCAACACCAAGGUCCCACGAAGCACCAAGGCCCUGGUUGCUGGUGUCAGGAACAGGCUGAUCAAGUUCCCAGACAUCGUGGAGCCCCUCCUGACCUCCGUGGACGCCAUAUCUGCGGAGUGCGAGCACGUGCUGGGAGAGAUGGCCUCGGCGCCGGCCCCCGAGCACUACCUCGUGCUGGAAGAGCUCAUCGACAUGAACCAGCACCACCUGAAUGCCCUGGGUGUGGGCCACGCCUCCCUGGACCAGCUCUGCCGAGUGACUGCGGCCCACGGACUGCACAGCAAGCUCACGGGGGCAGGCGGCGGUGGCUGCGGCAUCACGCUCCUCAGGCCAGAUCUGGAGCAGGACAAGGUGGAGGCCACAAAGCAGGCCCUGGCCGCCUGCGGGUUCGACUGCUGGGAGACCAGCAUCGGUGCCCCUGGAGUCUCCAUGACUCGGCCACCUCCCUGGAGGGACAUGUCCAUCAAGGCCUGGGCAUCCUCUGAGAGGGGCCCCAACUUCACCGCUCUGCAGAGAAGCCCCUCUGUAUUUCUGCGGGAGCCACGGUCGGCCUCUGGGCAGCCCCACAGCGUCCAGCUUCUGACUUGACCGGAGGCUCCAGCCUCCAUGAAGCCUCUGCUGGCCACCACCUGCCUCCCCUCCAGCCAGCCAGGAGGGGCCAGGAGCGGCCGCUGGGGCCUCCUCCCCAGGUCCCGCUCCCAUGGAUCCAUCUGCCCGGGCCACGCCUUCACCCUUGGACAUCCCAGUGCUGGGCCAGACGGGGGCUGGGGUUGAAGCCUUCCGGCCUGGUGGGCUGUCUUCACCUUCCAGGCGUUGGAAUGGGCCGCCUGUGCCCCCUGCCCUCGGGGACAGCUGGCUGGACUUGCCUGGGGCCAGCUGCUGAUGUCCGCCUCCUGCCCCGGGCCAGGGCUGGCCGUGUGAGUGGUGCACAGCGUCCCCCAGUCUGGGGGCCUCGGACAGGAGAUGGCCGCGGGGAGUUAACAGACUUGGGACAGUUCCACGAGGCUCCGCAGACCCCCGGCUCCCCCAGCUGUGCUCAGUGGAGCGUCGCAGGAGGGAAGGAAGCGGGGCCUGGUCAGCGGGCGGUGUCUCAGGGUCGGUGGGUUUCCCCAGGUGGCCCCUGCUGAACAGGGCCGGGUGUGUCUGCCGACACGGCACACUGUCCGCUGGCACAGCCCCAGCUGCUGUCUGGCAGGGAAUGUCAAGCUCCUGGCCCCGGGGUCCCGAGCACCCAGCAGUGUAGUGGCGUGGGCCUCGGGCAGGGAGAACGCAGCAGCCGCUGGGUCAGGCCCAGCUUCUGAGAUCAGCCCCGGGCAGAGUGGACGCACCGGCCGCCCCGCCUGGCCCCUCCCGGCCCUGGGUGAGCUCGGUCCCCAGGCAACGCGGCUGAUCCACAGAAGGCCCUGGAGCACCAGGCAUGGAGGCGCACACCUGUGACCCCGGCGGCGACUGGGGAGGCCUAGGCAGGGUCACAAGUUCAAGGGCAGCCUCAGCAAAGCGAGGCCCCAAGCAACUCAGUGGGACCUUGUCUCUAAAUAAAAAAGGGCUGGGGUGUGCUCAGGGGUUCAGCGCCCUGGGUUCAGUUCCGGUACUGAAGAGAGAACCCGCGGAGCAAGCUCAUUGCCAACCCGUGGUGCCCAUUGCCACAGGGGUGACGGGAUGUGGUUCCAGGCUCACUGCGCGUCUGCCCUUGGCCGCUAGGGGGCAGCUGGCGCCUUUCCCAGCUCCGUCACAAGGAGGGUGGCUGGGAGCUGAGUUGGACCUGGCCCGAGGAGAGGCUGGGCACCACCCAGCACCAAGCCCUGCCCUGAGGGGUCACUUCCAGGAAUGUGGGAGCACUAUGGAGGCACCCAACCCAGCUUGACUUGUAAAGGUGGCCCCAGCAUCAUGGGACUCCCUGCCCCUGCACUUCAAAACAAAUAAUGCAUAAACAAUGCUAAUUCUGAGCACUUCCCAUGGAGCAGGCAGUUUCUAAGCACUGUACCUUCAUCAUUUCUUUUACUUUCUAUCCAACUUCAGAGCAGAAUCACUAGUGUCAUCCCCAUUUUAUAGAUUAAGAAACUGAAGCCCAGAGAGGUUGAUUAAGUUGUCCAAGGUCACACAGUCAUCAGCAUCAGAGUCAGUCAGGCUGGCUCCAGAGCCUGCCCCAUCUGGCCUGGCCCAGCUCUGCACACAGGUGUCCUACCACACGGUUCCUCUUGCCUGUGCUCACGCUCAUCAUUUCCUCUGUUUUUUGAUGUACUUGGUCAGGGUAGGUGUGAGGCUUGGUGGUUUUUCUACCCACAUGAUGUGGAUGAGCUGUUGGUGGCGAGCAUGCUGAUUGACAGCCGGUCUCUCAACGGUCAGAGGCCAGGAAGAUUUGGGGCCUCCCCAGGCAUCCUCAGCGCCCACAGAAGCUUAGAACUGGAGGUUGUGCAGCGCCAAGGCUCCCAGGGCCUGCCUCUUUGCCAUCCCCCAGAGACAGGACAUCAGCCCUAGAGUACGCCGGCCCCACCCACUUGCCCCAGUGAAGUGCCUGUAGGUAGGCCUUACCUCAGCCACCACCUGCCACCACAUGAGCCCAGUGCCGCUUUCCCUGGCCACAUGGCUUUGAUGUUACACUUGCGGACGAUUCGGACGGCAGCCGUCACUGCCUCAUUGCCUCCUGCAGAGUUCUCAGUCACCUGGGGGUGCCCAAAAGACACCCAGGAACCCCAGCCCACCCCUGGUUAGUCUCCUUUAGCUGGUCUCCGUGGGACCUGUAGAAGCUCCCUGGUGUUUUGAUGUGCAGCCAGGGCUGAGGACACUGAACUAGGAGCCCCCCACGGUGGCCAGCAUGGUGGCUGGGCACUGGUUCUGCCGGGCUCUGCUGCCCACAGCCUCGUGACCUGGGACAACCCAGCCCGACUGAGGAGGCUGCAGACCCGUCAUCUAGAAAAUGAGGAUGACAAGAGUUCCCCUUUAUAGAGGAAUCGUGAGGACUGGAAGAGAAGACACCCGUGGACUCUCCCUGGUGCGUGGUAAAUGCUCAAUAAAUGCUCAGGAUCGCC